AGUGCUAUAACGUCCCUGCCCCCAUCCCGAGGAAACAAUGAAGUCAUGCAGCUAUAAUUUUGCGUGCGUGGACCAAGACGUCUUUUUCUGCCCGGUGAUUUAUGAUACGCCGAAGUGCCUAUUUCAUGAUUGGUUACACUCAGGUGGACUGUACCACUGCGACAGAAUUAUCAUUUUUUGUUGUUUGAAGCUCCUAGGGGAAAAUGGCUAUAAUUAAACGGUCUUCAACUACUCUACAGAUUCAAUGACGCUUUUCCAUUAAGAUUCUGUGAGGCCCCAAAUUCUCGGAGGGCGGAGUCUAUUUCCUUAAUACACUCCUAAACACCCCCAUGUACCACUUAAUAGUGGAGCUUCCCAUGCCGUGGUGUAGCUCCUAUGCACUUUGUUGUGUUGAUGGAGGUCCGCGCAAGGUUAACUGAGUUUUUCGCGCCUGCGGAGACUGACGCUGUCUGUCCCCAACCCCCACCUUCACCCUCUUUUGGGAGAGGGCAGCAAAGGGCCAUGGCAGCUACGUGGAUUCGAACCGCCUCCAACGACCACGGCCGCCGCUGUGCUUUUCGGCCACAACUCCCGCCCUCUUCUUAAUUGACUGGCGGCAACGUUUAAUUCUUGUGUCACCCGGGCACCAGUUCUAUGAAUUGAGGGGAAGGAAUUAUUUGAAUGCUGGUGGCUACUGUUGUUGGCAGGAUAGGAAGGGACCAUGAGCUCCUUGCCUUGUGAUUUCUCAAGCCAAGGCAAUGAGUGAACAGCUCCUUCUCGGGGGCAAAAGGGAGGCGGGGCCCUAGCCAUGAAAGAAAGGGUCCCCAUCAGCUACCUAACAGUAUGGGAAUCCCCAUCCCGCAUCCUCAUUGAGCAACAACGUGCAAAGCGGCGCCUUUCGGGCAAGAAGAGGGACUCGCACUUUGGAAACCCUUGGAAACCUCGUCUCUCCAGUGGAAGUGCAUACCUUUGACCUCUUUAAAUAUUGCUCCUGUGAUUUCCAACGCCAUUGCAUUCCUUGUGCAACAUGGAACCUCAUGUGUUGCUCCAGCUGCUGAAAUUACAUCUUGAGGUUUUGGUUGCUGAACUCCAUUCAACUAUCAGCCAAUGUAAUGCAUAUCUGUUCAGUAUCCGAAGGCGGCAGAUGAGGAGACUACUGAUAGGCCGGGCAAUUCAGAACCACAUUUUGAGGAGUAGACAUGUCAUCCAGAGGAGGAAAAGCUCCAGACAUAUGGUUCCUAUUGUCAUCUUGUUGGAAAGUGGACCAAAAUUACGGAAAUGGUGGAUCUGUCCCACUAAGCAGCAUUGGUGGGACCGUUCUAUGCUUGGAACCUGGGAUGAUGAAAGGUGGAUUGAGAGUUUCCAAAUGAGCCGAGGCACCCUCUUUGAAAUUGCAGACAUACUCUGACCCCAGCUCCAGAGGCAGAGAACCAUCAUGCGAGAAGCCAUCCCUGUUGAGAAACGGGUGGCUAUAGCUGUAUGGUGGCUUUCUAAUCUGAAAUGCUAUCGCGAAGUUGCAGCACAGUUUGGAGUUGGGAGGUCAACAGUGGGAGAGAUUGUUCUGGAGGUGUGCUUUGCCAUUAAGCAUCUGCUUGUCCACCAGACAAUCUACUUGGCUGACUACUGGAAGAUCAUGGAUGGUUUCAGGGAGAUGGGGUUUCCCCACUGCGUUGGUGUCAUGGACUUGACACAUCUGUCAAUAAUAGCCACUACAGGUCAGGGAGAUGAGUGCAACAAACCCAAGAAUUUCUGUUCCAUUCUAUUUCAAGGGACAACCGACCACACUGGCCGUUUUACUAACAUUGAAGUAGGAUGGAGUGGGAAAAGCCAUGAUGAUGUGUUGAUCUUCCGUAAAUCUGCACUGUGCCAGGCCAUGGAUGAGGGCACUUUUGUUCCAGGGAACCCAACUGUCAACAUCCAGGGUGUGGAGAUUCCACCACUAAUACUGGCUGACAGCACCUAUCCUAUGCGGACGUGGCUCAUGAGACCAUAUGGAGACCCCCUGGACAAGAGGAAGACCAUCUACAACAGGACUUUCAAACUUUGUCACAGUGUUGUUCAGCAGGCCUUUGGGAGACUGAAGGCAAGGUGGAGGUGCCUUACUGCUAGGCUGCCAGUGGCAGAGGAGAAUGUUGUGGCAGUUGUCACGGCAUGUGUUGUGCUGCAUAAUAUUUGUGAGACAAAGAGACAUGCAGUGCCGGAUGGUCCGGACAUUACUGAGCAUGUACUGUUGGCAGCAUAUAACGAGGACUACCAUUCUUACGAGAAUAGCGAUGAAACAGGAGGUGAGGAAGUGCGCAAUGCAGUCAUACAUUACCUUGCAGGAAAUACGGAAUACUAAUAUUAGGACUCUUUUCAUACUUACGUUUUAUUUGUUCUACAUUCAUUUUGUAAAUUAAAUGGCCUUG